AUGACCACAGUGGUGUUCUUUGGCUCUGCCUUCAUUGCCUUCAGGCCUGUGCUCGCUCUCUACAUCUUCACCAUCACCACCAACCCAUUACACAUCAUCUUCCUCAUUGUCAGAGCAUUCUUCUGGUUGGUGUCUCCACUGAUCUCAUCCCUUUUUUGGUUCAUAGCAAGACUCACUUCUGGCAACAAAGAUGAACCAGUACAGAAAUAUCUGCUAAUCUUUGGAGUGUUGCUUUCAGUCAUUAUCCAAGAAAUGUUCUGGUUUGCAUAUUAUAGACUUUUUAAAAAAGACAAGGAGGGUUUCAAGAGCAUAAAACCAGAUGAGACAACACCUUCCAUGCAAUUGCUGGCCUAUGUUUCUGGCUUGGGCUUUGGAAUCAUGAGUGGAGCAUUUUCCUUUGUUAAUACCCUGUCUGACUCCUUGGAGCCAGGCAUGAUGUGCAUUCAUGGAGAUUCUCCUCAGUUUUUCCUUAAUUCAGCUUUCAUGACACUCGUUAUCAUAUUGCUGCACGUGUUCAGGGGCAUUGUUUCUUUUGAUGGCCGUGAGAAAAAACAGUGCUACAUCCUUCUAAUAGCUCUCCCGAUCCAUCUGCUGGUGUCUGCCCAGACCUCCCUAAGUCCUCAUUAUGGAAUAAAUCUGGUGUCAGCAUAUAUAAUGAUGGUUCUCAUUGGUAUCUGGGCGUUUUUUGUUGCUGGAGGCAGUUGCCAAAGACUGAAACUCUGCCUGCUCUGCCAAGACAAGGACUUUCUUCUUUACAACCAACGCUCCAGAUAA